CUGUGAUCCUGCUCCCUGCAAUGCUGAUGAUAAGGGUGCCAACAAUAAGAAAGCGAAACGAACAAUAAGAAACAGCGGAAGGGUCGAGCCAACGUCCUCAAGCAAGCAACCAACAACCCUCAUGCCAGCACACGCUGCACACGAAAUGCCAGCACACUGGAACCCGAGAGCCCAGCGACGACGAACCCAACAACCCGAGAGAACGAACCACAUUUGGGGGUUGUUUUUCGACUGGUUUCGUAUAAAAGGCAACGGCCACUCGUCCAGACCAUACACAACGUCUUACACACUCGGAGCAGCAACAGCUCGCAGCACAAGAAAUACACAAAAAAUAUCCUUACAAAAUGUCUUCAAUGCAAGUAUCGGAAAUGUCGAAGACGUAUCAGUACCGCAAAGUGAUGAAACCAUUGCUGGAACGCAAGCGCCGAGCACGCAUUAACAAGUGCCUCGACGAACUCAAGGAUCUGAUGGUUGCCACCUUGGAGUCGGAAGGCGAACAUGUUACACGCUUGGAGAAGGCCGACAUUCUCGAGUUGACCGUCACACAUCUGCAGAAGAUGAAGCAACAGCGCAAACACAAACGCGCCAAUGGUGGAGACGACACACUGACACCAGCUGAGGGAUUCCGCUCUGGCUACAUUCAUGCUGUCAACGAGGUCUCCCGUUCACUCUCCCAACUGCCUGGUAUGAAUGUCAGCCUGGGCACACAGUUGAUGACACAUUUGGGACAACGUCUCAAUCAACUGCAGCCUGCCGUCAAAGAGGUGCUGCCAGUGACAUCGCCACUGACCGUGCACAUUGCCAGCCGUGAUGCCUACUCAGUGCCCAUCUCGCCCAUCUCCAGCUACGCCGGCAGUCCCAACUCCAGUGUGGCCAGCGAACAUCUGCUAACCACUUGCUCCAGCAGCCUCAGCAUUGAUGUCAGCAAAACUGAGGAGGUGGUCGACAGCGAGGAUGAGGAGAAUGUGUGGCGGCCUUGGUAAAAGGAGAAAAAAAAAGAAUAGAGUUGGAGAGAGCAUUAAUGAUAGCAAAAGUCUUCCAAGUCAAUGGGUCAAUUACUGAUUCCAUUGACUACCACUUAGUUUUAAGUUGAUCUAAGCAAGAGAACACUAAAAAAGCUUUAAACCGAGGCACAGUUCAUGUGAUAAAUACGAUUAAUAAAUUAAAUUAUA